CGUCUCACGGUUGAAUGUAAUUGAGAAUUGAAGAUUGAUACCAGAGCACGCUCCUUGUAGAGAAGCAGGAGAAACAAGCCAGCUCAAGGUGACCAUCUGUAGCCUCUUACCUGUUACAACCACAGCUCAACCAGCUACUACCACACCUGUACACAGCAUCAUGCUCCUUUUAAGACUGACUGCGUUCACCUUGCUGGCUGCAGCUUGCUGUACACUACCGGCUGCAGCAACUAGAGUGGUCACCUGUGACAAUGGAGACAACGUCCAGUUCCUGAGCUGUGAUUCUGGAGUGAUCCUCAUUGAGAGAGCUCUGUACGGACGGACUGACGGAACCACCUGCAAAGAAGGACGAACUGCCAACCAGCUGACCAACACACAGUGUUCACAGACGGGCACCAUGGAGGUCCUCUCACAGAGGUGCAAUGGGAAACGGGUGUGUGAAGUGAACACUGAAGUCUUCCGUACUUCUGACCCCUGUGUCGGAAUCUACAAAUACCUGGAAACCACCUACACCUGCAUCCUAGCAACACGCAGCAUCACGUGUGAAGGCUCUGAUGCCCUAUUAAAAUGUGAUGAAGGUACGAUCCAGAUCCACAGUGCCAACUAUGGUCGCCGUGACCAGCUAGUGUGUUCCUUUAAUCGGCUCGCUAACCAACUAGCCAACACCAACUGCCUCAGCCAAUCCACCACUGCCAGUAAGGUGGAAAAGAGGUGUGAUGGGAAGAGCGAGUGUAACGUCCCGGCGUCCAGUUCUCUGUAUGGCGAUCCCUGUAUAGGAACCUACAAGUACCUGGAUGUGGCUUACACCUGUGGCUAAACGAGAUCUUCUCUGAGGAACAAAGACCAGAGACUUCUGGGAUAUCUUCCUCUUCAUUGGCUGGAUGUGUCUUUCCUGGCCUCUCCUCCUUUUUUAAGUCUCAAUUGAGUGUAAAACAUAUGUAAACUGCAUGUUUCCACGUAAAGUUCAAGAUUUGUAAAUCAAAUGUAUUUUGUCAUAGGCAUAAUUUGUGUGUAGUAAAAAAAUACUAAAUGAG